UAAAAUUUUAUUAUAAUUUUUAAUUCUUAGUUCUUACUUUAAAGCAAUAGUAAUCAAGUCACAAUGGUUAACGUUCCAAAAACCAGAAAGACCUACUGUAAAGGUAAGGAAUGCAGAAAACACACCCAACAUAAGGUUACCCAAUAUAAAGCUGGUAAAGCUUCUUUAUUUGCCCAAGGUAAAAGAAGAUAUGACCGUAAACAAAGAGGUUUCGGUGGUCAAACUAAACCAGUUUUCCAUAAAAAGGCUAAAACUACCAAGAAAGUUGUUUUAAGAUUAGAAUGUGUUGUUUGUAAGACUAAAGCUCAAUUAUCAUUAAAGAGAUGUAAACAUUUCGAAUUAGGUGGUGAUAAAAAACAAAAAGGUCAAGCUUUACAAUUUUAAAAGUGAUAUCAAUAAUAUUGAAAUUCAAACCAUUAAUGAAUAUAGUUUUAAUAAUCAUGAUGAAUGGAAUAGUCAAAAUAUAAUGAUUUUUAAAUCAUUAUUAUCAUUAUUAUCAUUCAUUUUUUAACCAUUAGGCUUAAUUUAUAUAUAUAUUAUGAUAUAAUUUUGUAUUCUUUUUUCCUUAUAACAUUUAUAUAAUAAACAUCCAAAAAAUAUUAACUAACAUUUAGUUGU